AUGACUGUAUCUGAGCAACGUGCGCCCGCGCAACCUGAGAUGCAGGCCCGACACAGCCUCUUGUGGCAUCUGCUUAUUGACCUACCCAUAUUACUGCUCGUGGCAGCAGUCUGCAUUCUUCUAGAAGUUGGAGCGCUACCAAGUAGGCGUAGUGGGUUCAGAUGCAACGAUCCGGACCUCUCAUUCCCUCAUACGGGAGACACUAUCUCCAUCUCGCUCGUCGCAACAAUUACUGUUAUUGUGCCCUAUCUAAUAAUGUGGGCUAUUGAAACUAUACUACAUAGGGACGACGAGUACACGAUUAAGAAAAAUAAGCUCUACGCUAGUGCUAAAACCGCUGCAUUCAUAUAUAGAGACUAUAUAUAUGGUGCAGUUCUUAACUUGACAGUUUUGGAGGUUGUGAAGUGCGUCGUGGGUUCACCGAGACCGACUUUCUUUGAUUUGUGCGAACCAGACAAAGCGAGGACAUGUAAUGGUUCUGAGUACGUAAGCAGCUUCACGUGUACAUCUACGAAGUUCUCUCGGUACUUACAGAUCGACUCCAGUAGAAGCUUUCCAUCUGCACACACCUCUUUAUCCGUCUACUCCGGACUCUUUUUAGCGUGGUACCUGCAAAGGCGAGCGUUCAGCUGGCACAACCGGUCGGCGCUGGCGGUGCCGCUGUUGCAGCUUCUGUGCGCGCUGUACGCGGUGGCGUGCCCGCUCACGCGCGUCACCGACCGCCGCCACCACUGGUGGGACGUGCUCGCCGGCGCCGUCAUGGGCGUCGCCACUGUCGCUUACACGGUUCUAGUUCUUUGCAAGAACUUCUCCCAACCGGCCGUAGUGAGCACGAGCGACAUCUCCAGCAGCGACGGCAACAACCACCAGUCGGUGCGGCGCCUGCUGGCGAGCGCGCCGCAUCGUGCCGUGCCC